CGUCAGGGCGACGUUAGAGCGGACGCCGCGGCGGGGCGGGAGCUGGGACGGCGAAGGAGGGCGUUUUCGGAGCACGCGCUGGGCUGGGGCCGCUGACGUCGGGCUCAGGUGCGCGCGCUCGCUCGCCCGCCCGAGCGCGGCCCAGGUGGCGGCUCGCAGCUCCAGGUGGCGGCCUGCAGCGGGCCGCGGCGAGAGGGUGAGAGUCCGCGCUUUCCGAGGGAGCUGCGCCGGCCUCGGCCCCGCGGGGUCCCACCGCACCCGAGAGGAUGGAGAGCCUCCCCCGACGCCCCAGCAGGGCCCGCGAUCCCACGCUGGCCGGCCCUCGCUAGCUGCUCGAAAUUUGCGUUUUAUCCACCACCUAGGCCUUGUCUCCUGAGUCAGUGGCGUUGUGGUUCCAAAGAAAUGGAAGAAAAGGAGCGAUGUGACCGACUCCGUUCGGUCCUCCUGCCUUGAGGCCUGGUUGGCAUUUGCAGAAAGGAAAAUACAGCAAGAAAAUCGUGUGUUUUUGGAAGGGGUAGAAGAGGAGGGUGGAAGAAGGAAAACAAGGUCUUAGAUUUUAUAUGAUUUUUUAAAACUUCUGCACUUCGACAGUGGUGGCAAAAUACACUAAAUCCAAAAGUUAUCUUUGUUUUGAGAAGAGGGGGAUUAUUUUUCCUUUUGAUUACAACCUUUUCUCCCCGUGACAAAGCAUAAAUCAUGGACAUCAGAAAAUAAGGUAGACCUCAGGAAUCCUGCAAAGACUGAGAAGCUUACAUUCCUCCUCAGGAGGAAAGAGUGGGGUGUUUUUAGCCCUCUCUGGAACCUAAAACGAAAAACAUGAGUUGCGUGCCAUGGAAAGGAGACAAGGCCAAAUCCGAAUCAUUGGAGCUGCCCCAGGCUGCACCCCUACAAAUCUACCAUGAGAAGCAGCGCAGGGAGCUUUGUGCUCUGCACGCCCUCAAUAACGUCUUCCAGGACAGCAAUGCCUUCACCCGGGACACGCUGCAAGAGAUUUUCCAGAGGUUGUCUCCAAACACCAUGGUGACCCCCCACAAGAAGAGCAUGCUGGGAAAUGGGAACUACGAUGUGAACGUCAUUAUGGCAGCACUUCAAACCAAAGGCUAUGAAGCUGUUUGGUGGGACAAGCGCAGGGAUGUCGGCGCCAUUGCUCUCACUAACGUUAUGGGCUUCAUCAUGAAUCUGCCCUCCAGCCUGUGUUGGGGUCCACUGAAGUUGCCACUCAAAAGGCAGCAUUGGAUCUGUGUUCGAGAGGUGGGAGGUGCCUACUACAACCUCGACUCCAAACUGAAGAUGCCCGAAUGGAUUGGAGGCGAGGGCGAGCUCAGGAAAUUUUUAAAACAUCAUUUGCGAGGAAAGAACUGUGAACUCCUGCUGGUGGUACCAGAAGAGGUGGAGGCCCAUCAGAGUUGGAGGGCUGAUGUGUAACACAGUUCUACCCAGCCUUCCCUCACCUCAACCCCGGAAAUCCUCUGUGAUGUGCUGUGGCCUCUACAGUGGGUCUGCCCUUGCCACGUCCCCAAACAUCUCAUCGGGUUUUUCCCCUCAGAUUUGACAGUGCAAUAGGACAGACAUGUAGACUGUUACAGAACCAACCAGCGUUACUGGUUCUGGGAAAGGAAAGUAGGAGCUCUGUGUGCUUAAGGCAAGCUAUGGAAGACUUUUGUUUUAUUUAAGAGAGGAGAAAGAAAGGUGGGUCUUAGCUUAUUUCCCCGUUUCUCUGAGGACUUGCCAGAGGCUCUGCUGGAGUUCACUGCUGCUCUGACUCACCUGGAGAUGCUGCCUUCACUUCCCCUUUCCUGGCAACCAGUGGGUCUGAAGACACAGUACAGGCAAAGCCCAUGCUGACGGGUUUGAAGGACUUAGAGCAAAAAGGCCUCUCAGGAAACCAUCUCCAAAACUGCAGCAGCAGUACAGCAUGCUGUCUCCAACCCUUAAUGCCGCCCUUACCCCGUUUUUAAGAGUGGUUUAUGGCCAUCCUUGGAGUUUUAUAAUGAAAAGUUCUCUAAUCCAUGCCGGGCGGUUGAAUCCUGCGAUAUUCUAGUGUGACAGGGUGAGCUAGAUACCUAAGAGGAUGUGGCCAGAACCAGGCUGGGGCAGGCAUGGGCAGCCUGUCCGCCUCACUCCAGCAUCAUCCCUCCCACUUCACUGCAUUGCACUGGUUUAGGAGGCUUUGAGGCACAAGAUAGGCAAAAGGGCAGUUUUCCCAGCUGACCCACUCUGGCAAAAAUCAGGAAAAAAAUAAGACUGCCUUUGACAUCAAAUACUACUAGUUUGAGGCAGAGUUGGGCAAGGAAAGUAUUGGGAAGAUAAGCCUUCAGAGACCUGGAGCAGCUAGAAUGGGUAGAAGUCCUAGGCUUGGAGUCACUGUAGUGACAAGAAGCAGAGCCCUCACAUUGGGUGGAUAUGUGCAUUACGCUUUGUCAUCUCUCUGUAGCUUCCUUUACAGAUCAACUGAGAAUGGACCCGCCCCCUACCUCUUUAAAUAGUUGUAGGCCACUUUUCUCCCCGUAACUUGGGAAAACAAAAGGAGAAGUAAGGGUCAUACUACACCGCCUGUCACCACAGUGGCUGUGGUUGUCUCAGGGCAGGCGGGCAGGCAAGGAUGGCCUGUCCAGCCCUCACAGGUCAGUGGUUUCGGCAGGUCUGAGAGCUGCCCCACUGGCCAGACCUCUCCAAUAGCAGAGCCAGCCUGGGGCUUGCAUGUCCAGCCUGAGCAAGCUUAACGGGAUGAAGCUGAGGCUUUCUCCCCACUGUGACUGGAGUGCAUGUUUACACCAGCACUUUUUCUGCACAUGUAUCUUCAAUCCAACAAGGCCAUUUUUUAUGCUGAGUAACAAGUGGCCGCACUCAGCAAGUGGCCGCAUUCUCUUCUGCACCAUUUUCUACACCAGACCUGCUUGGCACCACAGGGAGCUCUUCGCCCCUGCACAGACAUUCCAACCACCACCAGCCAGAAGUUACAGCCAACCUUGCUCAUUGUCACAAGCAGGACCUUGGGUCCAUUGGCACUGUCAGUGAUGUAAGCCAUUUCCUGGGAGGAGAAGGAAACUCCUCGCCACCAAUCUGCUGGGGCCUGUGCAAACGGCACUUCAAAGGAGUCCCCAUGCACUUGGAGUCCAUGAGCCAGUGGGAUAUAUGCAAAGACGCUUAAACAUUUCAGGGCUGGUUUCUCUGUUCAUAUCCAAUUCUGGUGCUUAGGAACAGGGACCUAUGCUGAUGCCCAAGGGCAAAAGGCCCCACUUGCUAUAAGAAAGGGGGCAGGCCUGACCCUGAUGCCCAGUAAGGGGCAACCCUAGGCUUUUUGUUUUUCUUGCUUUUAUUCCUUUUUGUUGGCCUUGUGCUGGGUUUGUUUACAAAAGAUGUAUUUUGUUUAACCAAAUAUUAAAAAUGGAAAACUCCAUACAUAAAUUUCA